UUAACAAAAAAUAAAGCUUACCAAAAGCACUACACAAACAACCCUCCGUUUCUUCCUUUUUUCUUUUUUUUUCCUCUGCUUUUCUUGCUGCCUCUGCUAAGCAUCUUUACCUUACUUUCCCUUUUCCUUUUUUAUUUCUUUCUCUCAUCUUUUCCCUCUUCCUUAUUCUUUCCUUGUUCGUGGAGUAAUAUUUUUUCUCUCUCUCUCUCUCUCUCUCUCUCUCUCUUUUUUUACUCUUUCAUUCUCUUCUUCUUCUUCUUCUUCCAUCAAACCAAAAUUCUGCUCCUCCUUCACUACCUUCUGGCAUUGUUUUUGUAUGAUCAGUAAAGUUGAAUUGCUUUUUUUUACUUACCAGUUUUUUUUUUCCCUAAAGUAAAUUCUCCUUCUUGGGUACUCUUUUUUUUUUUUUUGCUUUGGAAUUUUCUUGGGUUUUUUUUUCUGAAAUAUUUUACUGUGCUUGAUCUUUCCCGCUUAUACAUAUUUUUUUUUCCUUUCCUUGGAUCGAACAGUGAAGCUGAAGUGUGUUUUCACCUCAAGAACACACCAGAUUAAAUCCUUUUCUCUCUCUUCAUUUUUUGUACUUUCCGUUUGAUUUCUUGCCCUUUUCCUAGUGUUUUUUUUUCUUGAUCAAAGAGUUGAACUUAUUAUUAUUAUUAUUAUUAUUUGGUUCUGGGGGACUAAUUCCUAUAAUGGGACUCUGCCAUGGAAAACCCAUUGAAAACCAACAAAAGCAAUCAAGGGACAUCUCAAUCCCAGCUGAAAAGGAUGCAGCACCAAAUUCCAACUCCUCAAAGUCAUCAAAUUUCCCAUUUUACAGUCCAAGUCCAUUGCCCAGCCUCUUCAAGACAUCCCCAGCUGUACCCAGUGUGAAUUCUACUCCUCUUCGCUUCUUCAAACGGCCAUUCCCUCCCCCCUCUCCUGCAAAGCAUAUCAAGUCAUUGCUGGCAAGAAGGCAUGGCUCAAUUAAGCCUAACGAGGCCUCAAUCCCUGAAGGAAGUGAGUGUGAGGUUGGUUUGAAUAAGAGUUUUGGGUUUUCGAAGCAUUUUACGUCUCAUUAUGAGCUUGGUGAGGAAGUGGGGCGUGGACAUUUUGGAUAUACUUGCUCCGCUAAGGCCAAGAAAGGAAGCCUCAAAGGCAAUGACGCCGCUGUCAAAGUUAUUCCUAAGUCCAAGAUGACCACUGCAAUUGCCAUAGAGGAUGUAAGACGAGAGGUGAAGAUACUACGAGCUUUAACUGGUCAUAAGAACUUGGUUCAGUUCUAUGAUGCCUAUGAAGAUGAUGAAAAUGUUUACAUAGUAAUGGAAUUGUGCAAGGGUGGCGAACUUCUAGAUAGAAUACUUUCAAGGGGUGGAAAAUACCCUGAAGAAGAUGCUAAGGCUGUCAUGGUUCAGAUUUUAAGUGUUGUGGCCUUUUGUCAUCUUCAAGGUGUAGUUCACCGUGACCUUAAGCCUGAGAAUUUUCUGUUCACUACUAAAGAUGAGGGUUCUCCUCUAAAGGCAAUUGAUUUUGGACUUUCAGACUAUGUGAAGCCAGAUGAAAGAUUGAAUGAUAUCGUAGGAAGUGCAUAUUAUGUUGCUCCUGAAGUACUACAUAGAUCGUAUGGGACUGAGGCUGACAUGUGGAGUAUCGGAGUAAUUGCUUAUAUACUUCUUUGUGGAAGUCGACCAUUUUGGGCACGAACAGAAUCUGGCAUCUUUCGAGCUGUCCUUAAAGCUGAUCCAAGCUUUGAUGAAGCCCCUUGGCCAUCUUUAUCCCCUGACUCGAUAGAUUUUGUAAAGAGAUUGUUGAACAAGGACUACCGUAAGAGACUAACUGCUGCUCAGGCUCUGAGUCAUCCAUGGUUGGCAAACUUUCAUGACAUAAAGAUACCAUCAGAUAUGAUAAUAUGCAGGCUCGUUAAAGCUUAUAUAGGCUCCUCUACACUACGAAGAGCAGCAUUGGGGGCUCUUGCAAAGACGUUGACUAUCCCACAGCUUGCUUAUCUCCGGGAACAAUUCUCAUUGUUAGGGCCUAACAAAAGUGGAUUUAUUCUGAUGCAGAAUUUUAAGACGGUGAUGUUGAAGAACUCUACUGAUGCUAUGAAGGAUUCGCGGGUCCUUGAUUAUGUCAACAUGAUUAGUUCUAUUCAGUAUAGAAAAUUGGACUUCGAAGAAUUUUGUGCUUCUGCAGUAAGUGUGCAUCAGCUAGAAGGAAUGGAAACAUGGGAACAGCAUGCAAGGCGUGCAUAUGAUUUGUUUGAUAAGGACGGAAACAGGCCCAUUAUGAUAGAGGAACUUGCCUCGGAACUUGGACUUAGCUCAUCAGUGCCGGUUCACGUUGUUCUUCAAGAUUGGAUUAGACACUCAGAUGGGAAGCUUAGUUUCUUGGGAUUUGUUAGACUUCUACAUGGAGUAUCUUCACGCACAUUUCAGAAAUCUUGAUGUUGAAUUGGACGACGUUUUAUCUCUUCUCCUCACUAUUGAGAAAACAAAUGCGUGCUCAAAUCUGAAGCAAAGCUAAUGCGACAUCUGAAUUCAAUCGCGGAAGAAAAGAAAAUAGAGCUUAAAGGCCAAUCUGACAUGCCCUUUAUGUUUCUGCAGCAAGCAGUUUGCACCAUCUUUUCUCACCGUCUCUCUUUUUGGGGGGUGUAGGUCUAGGAUUGUUUUUCUUCCCACUCUUGCAUAUCUUCUCUCAGUUGCCAAAAUAGUAAAACAAUUAUUAUUAUAUAUAAUAAAUAUGAUCAUUGUUGUUUAGUCUUUCUCCCAACCCUUAGAUGUUUCAUCCUAUCCCUUAGUUCAAUUUAUGUCCUUGAAGCUUGAGACUCAAAUUCAAAUGGAUGGAGACUCCAUUGAUUUAACUAUUUUUUCUGUGUUUAGGCUUGGGCUUGCUUUGUACCUGAAACAAAUUGUAGUGGAUGGAUGGAUGGAUGGAGUGUCAUUUAUGUAUAAAAUUCACCCCAUUUUAAAGGUGUUUUGGGACGUGUGAUUUUGAGGCUAAUUAAUAUUACACAUCUUAAUUUGUCA